AUGGCGACUUCUACCACCACCAACACCACCACCACCCAGCACAAUGGUGCCAGCAGCAGCACAAGCAGAAGCAAAACGGUGACCACCCUCCCGCCGCGCCCACCAUACGAUGCAGAGCUGGCCGUGGUUCGUGAUACCUACCCGCCGUUCGGGCCCAUCACCAACGACUUCAUCGUCGCGCUGCACAGCGACCCCGACGGCUACGGACCGCUGCCCACCGCGUCCGGGCUGAUUGCCGGCCGGCCCAUCACCCAUUGCGAGUACGAGGUGGCCAGUCUCAAGCCCGACGACCCUCCCGUCACUCUAUCCGUCUUCUCACCUUGCACCUCUACCCCUACCCCCGAUGGCUCCUCCAGUGCCGGCCCCCUCCGGCGGCCCUGCAUCUACUUCAUGCACGGCGGGGCCAUGAUAUUCCUGAACCGGCUCUUUGGCCUCGAGCAGCCGCUGGAAUGGGUCAUGGAGACGGGCUGCGUGCUCGUCAGCGUAGAGUACCGGCUGGCGCCCGAGAACCCCCAGCCCGCCGCCCUGCACGACUGCUGGGCCGGCCUCCUCUGGCUGCACGACACGGCCGCCGCCGCGCGGCUGGGCAUCGACACGGACCGCAUCAUCGUCGCCGGCCAUUCCGGCGGCUCCUGUCUGGCCGCCGGCCUGGCCCUGCUGGCGCGAGACGCUGCGCUCGCCGCGCACCCAACGCCGGGGCUCGCGUCGUCGGGCUCCUCCGUCCCGUCCAGAACGGCCCCCAUCCGCGCCCAGCUUCUCGGCUGCCCCAUGAUUGACGACAGAAACGACACCGCCAGUGCCCGACAGUACCACGACGGUGGCGAGCCGUGGGACGGCAAGAGCAACGCCGCCGCGUGGGCCGCCGUGCUGGGGAACCGCGGCGACGACUACGGGCCGGGCGUCAGCGAGUACUUUGCCCCGGCGAGAGCGGCCAGCUUGGCCGGCCUCCCCGAGGCCUGGGUCGAUGUCGGCUCCGCCGACCCGUUCCGCGACGAGGCCGUGACCUAUGCCAGCCGCCUGUGGGAAGCCGGCGUGCAGGCCGAGCUGCACGUCUGGCCUGGCGGGUUCCAUGGCUUCGACGUCAUGGCUCCUGACUCUGUCCUGGGCAGGCGGGCUAAAGAGGCCAAGCUGGCAUGGAUCAAACGCAUAUUUGCCGCCCAACAUGAUCAAAUGAACAAAUCCGAUGUUUAG